AAAGAAAGGAGGAACGUUAACAAUGACGCAUCCUUCCGUGCAAAGAAGUUAUCAACCAACCUCUCCGUAUUAUUCUGAAUUGCCAACUCCUGCAACGGCUUCAUCUCGUCCAACACAACAACAACAACUCCAGCCGGCUCAAAACCUUCCAGGAACUUUUCCAAAUACUCGUGUAUACCACCCACCACCACCAUCGACAGAUGCUACGUCUUUACCACAAUAUCAACUCAACCCUCAUCAGCUACCAAAUACACAUUCCCAUGUACCACUUGCCCAAUCGCCAACCUCGCCACCACUUACACCUUUUAUGCCAGACAUGAAUGGCACUAAAGCACCUGGAUCACGUCCAGAGAUAAAAGGUGUACUUCGGAAAGAAAGAUAUGAAUAUAAAGCACCUUGGCCUGUGUACGGCUUAGAUUGGUCAAAACGACCUGGUGACAAAUCAUUUAGACUUGCCUUAGGAAGUUUUAUCGAAGAGAAUAUUAACAAGCUUCAAAUUAUCACACUAUCCGAAUUUGCCUAUGACGAUCCUUAUCAUCGUAAUCCCAAUGUCGACCUUGUCAAAAUUGCAGAAACUGAUCACCGCUAUCCUAUUACCAAAGUAUUAUGGGAACCAUUCAAGGGUGGUUUGAAAACUCCAGAUUUAUUAGCAACAGCCGGUGAUUAUUUAAGAUUAUGGGAGAUUGAAGAUGAUUUUAAUAAUACGAGCAAUACAAUUGGAGCAAAUAAUUACACAGGAGUUAGGCAGCAACGGUUAAAUCACAAAA